UCCAGGUGAAGUGUGUCCGCACCGGAGCUCGCCUCCUGGCAACGGGCGCACGCGGGUCCUCCUCCCGGGGACAUCUGGCUCCGGCAGCCCUCCUUCCUUCCCUCCCUCCGUCUGCUGGCGAACCGUCGGAGCCCCGCUCCCUUCGCAGCUCGGAUUAUUCGCCAUGGUCGCGGCGCGGUGUCGAAGCCGCGGUCCCCCCCUUUAUCCCGGAGGAGCGCCCGUGCUCGCGGAAGAAAAUGGAAGAAGGACACAAUGCAGCUCGUCUGUCCUGCGGUCCUCGGGAGCAGCUCGCCCUCGGUGUGAAUGACUUGUGGCUGUAGGACGUCUUGAGCGGGCCGAGGUUCCUGCACAGCCUCCGUGGCUGCCUGGGAGGAGUCGAGCGGGGAGCAGACAUCAGGGCCCAGGGGACCUGAGGCCCGGUUCUCCAUAUGAGGCCCUGCUGAAAGGGCAGGGGGGCUUCUGAGUGUGCCCGAGGGCCAUUGAAAGCCCCCUUGAGGAAGUUUCAUAAAUACCCGGCGAACAAGAGCAGACUCCUGGACGGUUGUUAUUGUUUCUCGCACACACGCACGCAGACUGACACGUGGGGCGCGGACACACUCACACAGCAGCGGACGUGGAGAGAAUGUUGGAGGUCCAAGAGGAGAGGCCAGCGGCGGCAGGUACAGCGACGACACACUUCAGCAAGAAAGAGAGAGGGAAGAAAGAGCGAGAGGAGACCAAGGAAGGACGCGGGAGCCUCUCCAGCAUCGGAAAUCCUGUCUCUGGCUCCAGAAACGCUCGUUCCAAAGCGCCACUGCCGCACACGGGGAGUCCUCACCAGCUCAUCACUUCUUGUUCUGUGGUACUGGGACCCCCAUCAAUGCACUCCAAUAGGCUAAAGAACUCCCCGUCCACCAACACGCAGAGCCCUAAACCUAAGACGGAGGUCAUGGUCCGCUCGCCUCCUGUCAUGUCCCCCUCCACUGCUGCCCAGAUGGACUCUAAAAUGCCCAAUCAGGCUAAAUCAGGCAGCACUGGCAGCCAAUCGCAGCCCUCUCCCUGUGACCCCAAGACCUUGGGUGCCAAAGGGGCUCAGAAUGUGGCAGGGGGCAUCGGGCUGAAGAACGGCCAGGGCCUGACGUCCAGCUCCAGCUCCAAAGUCAAGGUCAAACGGGAGAGAAGCACCUCGGUGGAGUCGUUUGAGCAGCCCGAGAGUGGGACGCCCACCAGUGAGGAGAAAGAGACCAGCAGGGUGAAGCGGAUGUGUGUGGCGGAGAGGAGGCAGCCUUACAGUGGAAAGGACUGGUGCUCUGGGGCAGAGAGUGACGAGGACGACAAAGGCUUCUUCAACUGCAACUCCAGUGACGUGAAGCCCCCGGACAGCCACUCUACCUCCAAUGCUGGACUCAGCCGCUCCUCCACACCUUCCCACAACCUUCAUGGAGGCCCGAGCUCAGCGUCAGAACCUGCCAGUGGCCAGAAGGGCGGCUCCAAACUUGUCUACGUCUUCACCACAGAAAUGGCCAACAAGGCAGCUGAUGCAGUUCUCACGGGCCACACUGAAAACAUCAUUGCCUUCCACAUGAAAAACAUCUCCAACAACAAAGACAAAGCUCACCUGCUCUUGAACAAUGCUGCCAACACCCUCCGAAAUGACUCCAAACCUCCUCAGCAACAGCCGUCCCACGACCAGAGCCACCAGCCUGGAUCUAAACCGUCUCUAGCGGGUUUGGCAGAGCCAGCCCCCCCACAGCCUUCCAAUCCAGGGACCCAGGAAGGGUCAUCCUCUGCAGGCAUGGACUCCAAAAACCUUCCCGUUGACAGCCCUGGUAACAACAGCGCCCCGGUCGAUCAGACGUCCAUCCCCCAGGCGGAGGCGGGCCUCAACACGCCGACGGCAGUGGAAGGAGUGCCGGGAGCUGGGUCCGGCGGCUCGGGUCUGACGCCCCAGCAGCAGCAGCAGCAGCUCGCUCAGGAGCUGCUGAACAUGGAAGCCAACACAGAGGGACUGUCUCAAGAACAGCUGGAGCAUCGGCAGCGAUCUCUGCAGACCCUGCGAGAUAUACAGCGCAUGCUUUUCCCCGAUGACCGUGAUGCCCCCCCACCUGGGCCGCCUCAGACACACGGUGGGCCACACGACGGCGGACCCGAGGGUGGCCCCAGGAGGCCCGAGCAGGGCCCCCUGCAGGCCAUGAUGGCACAGUCCCAAAGCCUCGGUCCACCUGGAGGUCCAGGGGGGCCGCGCCCGCAGGGUCCACCUUUUGGCCCUCCCCAUGGCCCCAGGGAUAUGCCUCCAUUUCCACAAGAUGAAAUGGGUCCUCAUAUGGGCGGCCCAGGAGGCUGUGGAGAUGGAGACCAGAUGACCCCGGAGCAGGUGGCCUGGUUAAAGCUGCAGCAGGAAUUCUACGAGGAAAAGAGGAAAAAGCAAGAGAUGCAGCACCGACCGCUGCCCCCUGACAUGAUGAUGCACCCGCAUGGCCCGAGGGGCAUGAUGCGUGGACCCCCGCCGCCGUACCAGAUGGGCCCAGGAGAGAUGUGGGGUGGGCCGGGAGGCCCCCCUGAACACUAUCAAGAGCGCAUGGGGAUGGGCCCCGGCCCUAGAGGGAUGCCCCCACACAUGCAGAGGAUGCCAGGCUUUAUGAACCCGGAGAUGGAGGGAACCCCCAGGCCUGGAAUGGGCUGGCCUGAUGACAUGCCUCCCCGCAUGGGCGAUGGAAGAGGCUUUCCUGCCGGACCUGGCGCCAUGUUUGCAGGUCCUGGGGGCCGCGGAGAACGCUUCCCAAAUCCACAGUCGGUCCAAGAAGCAAUGUUCCACCAGGGAAUGGCUGGGGAGAAAGGGAUCCCUCCUGGCAUGAUGAUGGACAUGCAGAGAAUGAUGGGGCACCAAAGAGGUGGGAUGGAGCCGGGGAACGGCAUGGGCAUGUUUCCCAGGAUGCCUGGAGAUGGGCCCAUGAGUCCGUCCUCCAGACUCCAGGGGAUGGGAGGCAGAGAAAUGGGGCCAGAGUUCGGCAUGGGGCCCGGCCCCGGAGGUGGACCUCACAUUCACCCUUCGAAACUAAGAGAUGCUCCCAUGAACAUGAGUCCGGAUGAGAUCAUGAGGAUGCGAGCGGCUGGUGGACCCCCCAUGGAAAACAUGGGUCCUCAAGGAAGGCCGAUGCAGGGGCCACCCUUUCCUGAGCAGCCACAGCCAGGGGACUUUCCCAUGGGUCCUGGGCGACCCUUCCCUGGCGGCCCAGGCGGCAUGAGGGGUCCACACGGAGACCAGCCAUUCGGUCCCGAGCACAGGUCCACACCAACAGGAGGCAAUGGUCGCAUGAAUCAUCACCCCUCUUCUGCUGGGGCUGCACAGGGUCAGCGGGGUCGUAAGCCGGCAGAUCUGAAUGUCCAGGCUGGAGGGAACUCCCCGAGUGUAAACCCUCUCAAGUCCCCUCCGCUAAGGCAGGUGCAGUCUCCCAUGAUGGGCUCACCUUCUGGAAACCUGAAGUCUCCUCAGACCCCGUCCCAGUUGGCCGGAAUGCUGGCCGGCCCGACUGGUCCCAGUGCCCCUCCAGCUCCCCCAACUUCAGCACCAAUGAAAUCCCCUCACUCCGUGUUGGGCUCGGCGGGGGCUUCUCCUGUGCACAUGAGGUCGCCGUCGCUUCCCAACCCGUCUCCUGGUUGGGCCUCGUCACCAAAACCUCCCAUGCAAAGUCCAGGCGUCCAACCACAAGGUGGCAAGCCGCCGUUGAGCAUCACCUCCCCGAACAUGAUGAACAUGGAUCAAGGUGGCAACGGACCUCCCCCGGCCCCGCCUUCCUCAGGAGCUCCGUCUGGGUCCAUGACGCUGCCCGGGAACGUGGCGUCCGGCAGUCCCUACACCAUCCCCCCGGAGCCCACCCUGUCCCAGAACCCGCUCUCCAUCAUGAUGUCCCGCAUGUCCAAGUUCGCCAUGCCCAGCUCCACCCCGCUCUAUCACGACGCCAUUAAGACUGUUGCCAGUUCUGAUGACGACUCGCCGCCGGCGCGUUCCCCGAAUCUGCCUUCGGUCAACAACAACGGUAUGUCCCUGAAUCACCAAGGAAACCCGCGCAUGAUGGGACCCGGGAGCUCGGGACCCCUGCCCGCCCUGAGCCCCCUGGGCAUGAACCCCAUGGGCUCCCAGCCUCUGUCCCACGGGAUGCCCCCGCAGAUGCCCUCCCCCAACGCCCCCAGCAUGGGUCCAGGUAUGAUGUCUCAUGGCAUGAUGAUGCCACCGAACCCACAGGACCCGGGCAUGGCAAACCCUCAGAUGAUGACCCAAGGACGGCUGGGUUACCCCCAUCGAAACCAAGGCUACCCACUCACCCAGUCCCCGUCCCAGCAGGGUCCUUUCUCCCCGCACAAUGGACCUGGGCCACAGGGCUUCCCUGGCCAUCCAAUGGGCUUCCAGGGAGAAGGAGGACCGAUGGGAGGACGCAUGGGAAACAUGGCCCACGGUGCUGGGCCGGAGGGGGCCAUGUGCAAGCCCAACACCCCAGGAGGAGCGGAGUUCAACAACAUGCAGGGGGGGUUCGGUGACGCCGACCUUCAUGAGGUGAUGCGGCCGGGAGCGUCUGGCAUUCCCGAGUUUGACCUGUCCAGGAUCAUCCCGUCAGAGAAACCCAGCCAAACACUCUCCUACUUCCCCCGGGGCGGAGGAGAGAAUCCCGGGGCCAAGCCGCCGCACCCCGCCGCUUUCCCGAUGCAGGGCAUGAUGGGCGACGCUCCGCCCAGGAUGGGCAUGCCCAUGCAAGGCAUGGCUGGCGGCAUGGGACCUCAGGACAUGCCGAUGGGGAACCCUGGGCACAACUCCAUGCGACCGCCCGGGUUCAUGGGCCAAGGCAUGAUGGGCCCGCAGCACCGGAUGAUGUCCCCUGGUGGACCAGGAGGGAUGAUGCAGGGGAGACAAAUGUCCCACCCCGGCCCCGGCGGCUCGCCCAACAUGAUGAUGUCCCUGCAGGGCAUGGCUGGCCCCCCACAGCAGACGAUGAUGAUGGGCGGCCAGAUGAGGCCACGUGACAUGGACAUGGGCUUCAGUCCGGGCCCUGGAAUGUUCUAAUCUACCACGAACCUUGUGUCUAGAAUGUUCCCGGAUCGUACACGUGGAGCGAGCGUCUUGGCGUGCGCUUGGCGUCGAGCGUGUCGGACUCGCUGAAGGAAGUAUAUUGGAGGAUGUACCCAAAUGGUGGAGCGACCCGGAACUGUGCCGGCGGCGAUGUGGCCGCUACUUUGGCCACGAGAGCGCGGCGUUUUGACCCAUGUACUUCAGAAUGUAUGGGAUUGUUGUGCAUCAGUUUGGCCGACCCGUUUGUGUUUUUUGAUGACCUGACUCUGACGACAAAGAGGACUCGACACGACGCGUCGACUUUUGCCGAUGAAAAAAGUAAAAAACAAAAAAAAAACAAAAAAGCGAGCAGGAGGAAGAACUUGUGCUUGUGAAGACUUUAGUGGAACUCCAUCUUGUCUCUGGCUCCAUUGUUUUGACUGUUUCUGUACAGUAUACGUGAGUGAGUGAGUGUGUGCGCGCGUGCUCGGGUGUGUGUUUGUAAGGUGUGUGCGUGUGUGUCUGUAUGUAUAGGCAUUCUAUCAGUGACCUCUCGACUCCUCUCACCCCGCUUUAAUUGGGGGGAGGAACGCCCCCUGAAAUACUGUACUGUUUACCAUCGGUGGGCUAUUUGAAUUUUAGUCUAUUUUAAUUUCCUUUGUAACUCCAGUGUAUAACAAACCAAACUAUGACCUCAUUAAGAUAAUAGUAUUAUUAAAAAAGCACAAACAUGGACCGACUGCAGAAGGCCUCUUCUUUCUCCGUCUUCACUUCGGGAAGCAACACAUGAAGCCGCUGCCGGAUUCGGAAUCUUCCCAUUCGACCUGUUGCUCUAAAGGCCUCCAAAUUUCCGACAUAACUGCCGACCCCUCGCGUUUGUCUCCCUGUUCCGCCCCCCCGUCACCCCCGGGCGGCAGUGUCCCCACAGCAAUAAUCCCCCGAUGGUCCGCAGCACGGCGAGGCUCGGUAGCCAGACGUCUGCGGCGAGUCCCACGUGUUAACAGGCUCUGUUUGACUUCAGUUGGCUUCCUCUCUUUUCUCUGUUGUACACGCUUGUCAUGUGUUUCUCCGUCGGCUGUGGUGCAGAGUGAGGCCUCGCGGUGAUGGACUACAAAUAAAAGCUAUUGUUUUGGUAUAAA